AUGUUGUAUCAACCAUCCGCCGCAAAGGGUCCCGAAGCAAUGCUUGUAGAGCAGAUAAGGAAACCUACAAAAGCCCCGAACUUAUCUGACCAUCAUCCUCUAAUUGCCGUCCACAUCCGCCCGCCUCAAGGGGAGUUGAACACGUUCCAAAUACCCCGAAGCUUCCUCUGCUAUUACUCCGGCUAUUUCGAAGCGGCCCUCAAUGCCGGUUCUAGAGAAAUCGAGACACAAGAAAUGGUGCUAGAAGGCGUAAGCACUGAAGUGUUUAGCUUAUUUGCCAACUGGCUAUACACACAAGUUCUUGUCAGCGACACAAGUUGCUGGCCAAGCCACUCCACUCUUAUAGAUUUGUGGUUAUUUGCAGAUAGAAUACGGGCUCCCAAGCUUCACAACCUGGCUUUUAUCUAUCUAGAUCGGGCACGCAAGCAACUACCCGAGAAACGGAAUAUCCUCGAAAAUGGUUCUCCCCUUCGAUAUGUUCUGGACACACGGAAUUCCAAGAACAACACGAAAAUCCCAGAGAGGAAUUCGCACCAAUCUCUCUUCGGUCUUGCUGGGACGAGAUUGACAGACAUGCAUCGAAGCUCCGAGAUGUCGGCUGAUAUCAACAUGGGCGGGACCUGUAUCGGGCAUUCAAAUAAGAGGAAGAUGAUGGAUGAUAGGGAUACCACAGCCGACGAGCAAUGGAGCUCACCAGGUCGACUUGUGAAGAGAAUGAGGGCUCAAGCCUCCUGCUGA